AUGCGCCUUACUUUCAUCUUCGGAGUGGUUGUUGCGGCCACUCUUCAUGCCAGUGGCCCCCGUUCGGUUAAAGCGCCGGAUGUUGCGCUCGGAAACGGGGCGUCACCUGCUACCGCGGAUGGCGGAUGGGUCCUGCGCCGCGUCGAGAAGAACAACGACGGUAUUGACCAAAAGAGGGUC